AUGUGUCGUCCCAUUACCGAAGCAGAUUCGUCGGCCCAGACGGUCUCUGGCAUCAUUUGGGCUAUGCCAGUCAACAUCGCACAGCUCGGAGCUCACCUUGAAGUCUAUGUCAAAGCAAAUGUCACCACUAUACGUCUAUGCCACCGAUUCGGCCAGGGUGGUGAUGUCCACAUCCACAAGCUAUCAUAUGAACUUCUGGAGAAGGUUAUCGAAGAGGUUCAACUACCCAUUCGCGCAGCUGCGUUCAAGACGUGGAACAGCCACUUCCUCUGCUUUCAAGAUCGUUGUCAAUUAUCGGACCAUGCAUGGAACAAAGACCCACAAUCCAAACACUUUAACGAGCUCGAGAGGUCAUCUGGAGAAAUCCCGGACCCAGAUCGCUGCGACAAGAGCUCGUACGAAAAGAUAAGUCAGUACUGGUGGGCCAAGGCCGUUGGUCAGGGUGAUAAGGAUCCCCGCUGCGUUGCGCAGAGGAACAGGUGGAUAUCACUCAUCUGCCAGUGUCCUACUACGGGCGAUGGAACGAAAAAAGGCGCUUUCGUGAAGUACGAUCAGAUUUUAGAAUCCGAGUUUGGCCUACAAGCACUCAUAUUCUCCCAUGAUGAAUAUCGAAAUCUGAGAAUUCAAAAGUACAGCCCCGGUUUCCGCAAACAUGACCAGUACCAUACUACGACUUGUCACCUCAUUCUCCCAGCAAAAAUGUCUGAAAUAUCAUGCCAUAUGAAGGCCAACGACCUGCGGUUCCUGAAUGCUCAUCGGAGAUCUUCAGCGAUCGCUAUGGAGACCUUGUUGGCAACACCCUGGCUACCUUUUUCAUCGACCCAUCAUCUCUGA